CGCCAGUGAUUGCUUCUGUUUCUGACGUAGGGGGAAGGAAGUAAGUUGUUAAGUAAUGUUUUGAGAAGAAAAUUUAACGUGUUCUCGUUAUGAGCUUUUGAAAUUGAUAAAGCUCAAUGCGGAUUGUUCACCAGGACGACAGCAGAAAUAUGAAAAGUGAAGUCCGUAAAAGUCACCACCAUAGUCGUCAUCGCCAUCAUGAGCGCCAUUCUAAACAUAAACGACGGCAGGAGAGUUCAUCGAAAACAGCCACUGAUGACGCAUCCCCAGCUCCUGUUCCGUCAGAUACGUCGGGAAGUGAGAGAUGUUUUCCUGUUGCCAAGGACCAAUCUGGUGCUAGUGGCAGUGAAUCUCCCGAAAACGUUGCACGGAAACGGCGACCAAGGGACGGUGAAAACACGCGUUGUGAUGUGAUGACAAUUUCAAUUAGUGACACUGAUAACGACGCAGAAGGAGAUGAAGAGAAAGCCAAGAGAAGAAAGAAGCACAGGCACAAAGAAAAAAAGAAGAGAAAACAUUGCAGGAAACAUAGGCAGGAAGACGAUCACACAGCCAAUCAUUUAAGUGAAUCGCGAAGAAAACGUGAUGGGGAAACUGAUAAUGACCAUUCGCCUGAUCAUCAGCAUGAACAACAGAUGCUAGUGAGAGUGAAACAGGAGCCACUAAGCAGUGAUGAAGAGCUAAGACGCCGUCAAAGAGCAAAGGACCACAAACAAUCAGCAGACGUUAACGACAGGAACUGGCAUUCCAACAGCAGUCACAACAGUUUGAGGCCAGACCAUCGUAUAAAGGAGGAACCCCGUGAUCGCUCUAGUUCUGGUGAGCGAAAGCCCCACCCAGAGCUACUUAGACGUGUUAAGCCAGAGAGGAGGAAUGGAACCAGUGAAGAUCACCACAGCCACAGAGAUCGCAGGAAUGGCCGGGUGAACGGUGAAUCGUCAUCAUCCGUAAAGACUGAAAGGGAUGAUGAUUCUCGUUCAAGGAGCAGGAGCAGAAGACGGAGGAACGAUGAACAGGAGGAGCGAUCCAGGGACCAUGUAGGUGAUUCACGGGAAGGUCCUCGCCGAAUAAAACGUGAGCGUCCCACCGAAGACGAGAAGGAGUACGAGUGGGGCAAGUCUGACAACAAACAGGCUGCAAAUAACAACUCUGGAGGCCCUUCCUCAGCUGAGGAUAAGAAGAAGCCAAACUUUGGCCUGUCAGGGAAACUGACAGAAGAUGUCAAUGUUUACAAUGGUGUUGUUAUCAAGUACAGCGAGCCUCCAGAAGCUCGCAAGCCGAAACGUCGGUGGCGAUUUUACCCAUUCAAAGGCGAUGAGGCAUUGCCCACGCUGUACCUUCACAGACAGUCUGCAUUCCUGAUUGGCCGUGAUAGAAAGGUGGCUGAUAUCCCUGUGGACCACCCAUCGUGUUCGAAGCAGCACGCAGCCCUGCAGUAUAGACUUGUGCCUUUCACUCGAGAAGAUGGAACAAAAGGCAAGAGAGUGCGACCGUACAUCAUCGACUUGGACUCUGCUAACGGCACGUACGUGAACAAUAAGCGUAUUGAGGCACGGAAGUACGUGGAACUGAUGGAGCGAGAUGUUAUUAAAUUUGGAUACAGCUCAAGAGAUUAUGUUUUGUUACACGAGCACAGCAAAGGCGACGAAGAAGACGACGAUCAGAAUGGGUAGUCACAAAUGGCUGUCCGGGAGAUACUUUGAAGGAAGGUAGUUGCCUGUUUUAUUGAACUGGUUAGUUAACGUUUACUUGAAUGGGUGAAAAAAAAGUGAUUCAUUUGUUGAUAUUGUUGAAUGAGCUCCAUUCAUCUAGACCACUUUGUCAUAUUGUGCCCACUAGGCAAAAAUUUCCACUGAUUAAUGACAGCGCUAGACUGCCUCAUUUUGUAUCACGUUGGUUGUGAUUCAUCAGAAUCGGUCAUUAAACCUCAACAAUGGCA